GGUUACCACAGUCAUUUCAUUACUCACACCCGAAUGGCCGAAUCCAAAACCACACUCUUACAAUCGAAAGAAAUAAAACAACAACCUAACACGGACAAAUUCAAACUAUUAAAAUAAAUAAAAGCAAAAAAAUAAUUUUUUUCACUCAACCUUCCAAGAAUCAUUGGCGGCGAUUCAGGAGGGGGUCGGAUCGCCUUCACUUCACCUUCUUCCUUCAUCGCCUUGAUCGGUCCUUGAGUCACUUUCAGCCGAAUCACACUAUCCACGAACGAAUUGUCGGAAGACGACACCGCUCCGCACAUGCUGGAUCCACUUGAUCAUAUGUCAAUGCAUAGAAGAAAAGAGAAAAACCUAUCCGCACUAAAACGGCGACCAUAACACUACUCCAUAGACGGGGUUAGGUCAUGAAUAAGACUAAUUAAAUGAGAUUGGACAAAUAUAAGACCUGUUUUAGUAUCAUCCAAAAAAGAGACCACGUGUGUACUUCAUUUAAAAGUUUUAGAAUGAAAAUAUCAAAACUAUCCCUGCUUUCUAAUCAACAUAACGCAGCCACUUUCAUUUCCAAUCACAUGAAAAUGCUAUACAGGCAAAGCAAAAUUACAAAAGUACUUCGUAUGACUUUAUUAGUUUAUACUCGGUUACCUCUUCCCAGUUACACUUACCCGACCCGUCCAGUUACAGUUACUCGAUCCGUCCAGUUACAAUUACCAACUCAUCCAGUUACAGUUACCCGACUCAUCCAGUUACAGUUACCCGACUCGUUCACUUACAAUUAAUCAUUUACCCCGACCCGAAUUCCAGUUACAAUUGUCUGACUCGUGCAGUUACAGUUACCCAACCCGUCCAGUUACAGUUACUCGACCCGUCCAGUUACAGUUACCCGACCCGUCCAGUUACAGUUACCCGAUUUGUCCAGUUACGGUUAAACGACACACUCAGUUACAGUUACAUGACUCGUUUACUUAUAAUUACCCAAUUACCCAACCCAGUUUGAUAGUGAUCAACGCUAGCCGCUGCCACCGGUAACCACUGAUGACCACCACAAGCAACCGCCAACCGCCAACAACCGCCACCACUGCCGGCCACCAACUCAGACCACCACCGGCAACCGCCGCCACCGCCAGCAACCGCCACCACUGCCGGCCACUGCCUCGGAGCACCGCCCCACUCCCCAUCCCCCUCCCGCAGCCCCAAUCCCUGCACAGUCUUAUUCCACCACCACACCACACCCUCCACCGCCGUCUGCGACAUUUGACUCUACCGGCAACCCAAGCGCUCCAACCAGCCUGCCAGUCCAUCACAAGCCACCACCGUGACCUGCCCCAUCACUACCCCAGAAAUCCGGCGACUCCACCGGCCCUGGAACAGUUCCAAUGUCCAAUAGCCCCGCCAUCUCUGGUCACCAGAGCACAACCACGUUCCGACCCCAGCUGUCACAGCCCCACCACCGCGCCAUGCGUCCUCCACUACCCGCCCCUUACCCUAAACACCAUCGUCGAUCCAAAUCUGCAGAUUCGAAAUCCAGAUCUAAAUUCGACGGUCGGAAAUGUUCCUUUGGUGAUCGACACGAAGAAGACAGUAACCGCCCAUACGAAGAUGAAGACAAUUGUGCUCCACAUCUCCGGCAAAGCUAUUGCGGCCCUACCGCCUCCAAAAAUCGCAGCAAAAGAAAGAAGGAAGAAGAAGAAGUCAGCGGCGCAGCUAAUCUUCUGGAGCAACCUGGUGCUGCGACGACCUGCAGGUGAGGAACCACCGUGCGACUUUGAAGAAAGAUGAUAAGGAGCUGCAAGAUUGGGAGUAAGUACUGACGACGGGAAUUUUGAGAAGAGGAAGGAAGAAUAAAU